CUCAAAAGUGCCUGCGUUUACGAUUAUUACAUGUUCAGCAAUGGCGCGUUGCAGAGAAGUGAUAUAUUGUCAAUAAUACAUAGGGGAUACUACAUAGGCUCGAUUUCUCAUGUCCAACUUCGGUCCCAGCCGAACACUGGACAACUUACUUAAGUCGCGGAAGUCAAUGAAUGACCGCAAAACGGCACACACGUCACGCAUCAAAAAUAAUCGCGGACAAAGUUUUAGAAAGUGAACCCUGUGCAUGCUUGAAAAGUUCACGGCUUCACACAAAAUUGCACUAUUGGAAAAACUAAUACUGAAGCCUACAUUGUCUUCGUGAAAUCGAUUACACGAAACACUUUGUUUUCUAGAGGGAAAACUCUUACGGUUUUUGUAAUAAAACCGCAACAACGAGACGCGACUUCGCUUGUCCGGGCGAAAUGCUCCGUCAGCUCUCUGAUCGAGAUAGCGACGCCUGAGCACUGGCAGCAGUACCGUUGGCUUACCAAACGAAAAUUGUAACUAACUACGUUAACACGUUAUCAUUGUGCGUAAUCUACUGUAGAAACGAAGCUUCGCGCGGUAUUCUCGGCCGAUCCAGCUGAUCCGAACAGCUUGAAUCUUCUACCCUAUUUUCAAGGUGUUUAUUCAGUUCCUUAGCCUGGUUCAAUUUUAAGACGAGGCGGUUUCCGGACAGACUUCCCCCCGUACACUGAGGAAGUGUAGAUGAGUCUGCACUUCGUGAAGAGUUUCCCACCAGAUACAGAGCUAAUAUGUGACGACGGCUCGAAGAUCCCCGCACAUCGGUUGCCAUUGGCCACAGCGUCGAGAUACUUCCGCGCGGCUCUCUUCGCAUUUGGAAUGCCCCGAACACGGGACACCGUUCUCAAAGUCCUGAAUGUUCCUAUGUUAAAGUCUGGCCAACUUCAAACCGCUCUCGAAUACUCAUAUGAUGGGGAAGCCAAGUUGUCAUUAGAGAAUAUACAGGAUGUCAUCGAGACUGCUGAUUUCCUCCGUAUGGAUAAACUUAUUAAAGAAUGUCGAGCCUUUAUCAUCGACAAUUCGCAUGGUGACAACGUAAUCCCUCUGUGGCGUUUGGCGCAAUUGUACAUGAUGAAUGAUCUGACACGUCAAUUGUACCACCGUAUCAUGGAAGAUUUUAUGCAGCUAGCCGAUAGCGAAGAACUUCUAGAGACCAGUUUCGACGAGUUUUUCGGAUUCAUCAGCGACGACCACCUAAACGUUCGGGACGAGGAUAAACUCUGCCAUGUUUGCGUGCGCUGGAUCGAGCACAAUCUCGAGAACCGUCGACAACACCUCUUUUCGCUUCUGAAAGCGAUUCGAGUCUAUCUUGUUGAUGAGGCGAAACUUCGAGAGGUAGCAGCCACUAGCGCUCUGCUGCGGGAAGACACUCAAUGCCGAGAGUAUUUAAUGUCGGUCAGACGUGUAAUGAAUACGCGCGUUCCUCUCGUGACUGAGUUAAGCGCCGAACUACGAAAAACGACAGUUCCACGAGAACCCCAUGGAGUGAUCCUUCUUCAUGGUGGUUGGCUUCAGGCGCCCUGCAACGUCUUCGAAGUAUAUGAUCCAAGCGCUGAUAGGCAUACUUUGUUUCAUCAUCUCGCCGACCCUGAAGAAAUGCGUGCGUACCACAAGAUGGCACUCGUCAAUGGUGAUAUAUUCGUGAUUGGAGGUUAUAAUGGUAACAAUAAUUAUCAUAAGAAUUGCAGAAAAUAUAAUCUCAAGAAAAAAACGUGGUCUCAUGUCACGCCGAUGAACGUCGAGCGGUCAUAUGUAAGUGUAGCUGUGAUCGGCCGCAAGAUCUACGCUAUAGGAGGAUAUAAUGGCCAGUUCCGUCUCAACACAGCUGAGGCGUACGAUUUAGACACAAACCAGUGGUCGUUCAUUCGACCCAUGGAAUUUCAGCGUAGUGACGCAGCUUGCGCUGUUCUCGACGGCAAACUCUACGCUAUCGGAGGCUUUACAGGAACAACGUGCAAUCGAACAGUAGAAAAAUACGAUCCUGCAACAGACACAUGGUCGGGCGUCGCCCAAAUGGGUUUCGUGCGUUCGGGCGUCAGUGCGGUGACGCUCGGCGACAAGAUCUAUGCUCUCGGCGGGUCAAGCGGUAGCGCCCGGCUAAGCUCGUGCGAAGUGUAUGAUCCACAACGAGACGCGUGGACAUCGAUAGCGUCGAUGCUGACAGCCCGAAGUAAUUUCGCUGCCGUCGUCUGCGAUGAUCUCAUCUAUGUAUUCGGCGGUUAUACAGGCGAGUCAACGACAAGAUUAUGCGAAUGUUAUAGCCCUGCCAGCGAUGAGUGGUUCGUGUUGACCGACAUGAACCAUGCGAGGUCUGCUCUGGCCGCGCUGUUUGUGCCGUGCUUCGAAGGCAUCCACGAGCUUGCCUACCCAUAUCGAAAAGAGAUUUUCCAGGAGGCUCAAAGACCGGCCACGCCUCCCGUGCCUGAGCAGGCUACCGCAACGACUUCAGGAGCUCCCUCAACAUCAUCCAUAUUGUCACCUGCCACAACAGCAACAUCUUCAACCCCAACAACAGCACGAGCCGUUUCAUCAGCAAAUUCCUCAUCGCAGGCUGCCCCCACAACCGCUAUCGCUACAGCAGCGCCUACCACCUCGUCAACAGUUGCGUUAACAACAGUAACGCCAGGCACGAAUUCGACCAGCACUUCGCGAACGUUAUAACGGAAGAAACUGCGAAGGUGGGAAGAGUUAGGAUUAGACGAAGUUGGUGGAACCGAUGGGGGGAAGGGAGGGGGUUGGCGACAAGUGUGCUUAAUGUUGAAUGAACAUGCAGCGGCCUGCGUAUGUGUAGGACUGAUAUAAUCAAGCAAGAUUCGGAAUCUGCCAAAGAACAACUGCUAAUGCGAACGACCGACGAGGUUCAAACGAAUGAUGGCACUAUGUGAUAUAUAGCGAGGUAGAGAGAAGCAGGGAGGGAGGUUGGCAGGCUAGAAUCAUGUGAAUUUGAUUAGGGGGUAAACGAUAGAGGAAUAUAUGGGUAGUGCUACAGUACAUUCCGGCAAGCGAUUAACGGACGUAAGCAUAAAUGGUCACCAAAAAGGGAGGACGUAGGCAAACAGAAUGGGAGAGAGAGAAAGACAUCAAUGAUAUGGUAUCUGGGAGAGCGUAUCCGAUGUGAUUAGAGGAUGAUGACCUAGAAUAGUAAAACCGCAAGAGACUGAAAGGCAGGCAACGAACAAAGCAAACGUUAGACCCCCCUGUCCAACCAGCAAUGACUGAAUCGGAUCUUACUACAACACACGUGACUUGCGAAUGAAAACCAUUCCAUGCAAUCAAAUUGGAAUAUAAUCAUGCAAUUUGAAGU